AUUCCCACUUUCUUCUCCGUCACCGAUCAGAUGGACAACCUGCAGCCGUUUCCACGCUCGAGAAUCCAGCGGACACGGACGGGCUGCCAAACAUGUCGAGCCCGGAAGAUCAAAUGCGAUGAGCACAGACCUGUAUGUACACAGUGUCACAAAGGCAAUCGAUCCUGCUCGUGGUUCAUGGAGCAAAAGCGAUCAAGAGCACCGAGGAGACCCAAUGCCACGGCGUGCGAUGCUUGUCGGGAGAAGAAGCUCAAGUGCGUCGGCGAAGUUAAUGAUGUUUGCGAGAGAUGUAAAGCUCUAGGUCUUGAGUGCGUGAGAACGCGCCGGGAUGUUGAUUCGGACUCUCCGCCUCAUUCAGACUACAUCAACGCGGCGCAGAAUCAUACUACUCAGUCAGUACAUACACAUUCAUCCCAUCACGGCUCAAGAAGAGAGCUCUCGCUACCGAUGGAUCACACAUCAUCAAAUCAUACGGCUUUAGGUCAACUUCCCGUUGGGAACGAGCUCGAAGACUUGGUCCAGCUCUACUUUUCGUCGGUGCACCACUUUGGGUUCCUGACUUUUAUUCAUCCCUACCACUUUGCCCGCCUCCUAGAUGAAGGGGAAGUCUCUCGCGAACUGACUUUGAUGAUGAUUGCCAGUGCGACGCGGUUCGGUGCCCCGGUAACGCCGGAAAGUAUUGCGAGGGCAGAUGCUUGGGCUGAUGCGGCCAUUGGUACUCUGAUUCCUCGUAUCUAUCAAGGUUAUGGGGCUGUUCAACUCAUGGCCUUACUCCUCGCACAACAUUAUGAUAUGCACAGGGGCAACAGGAGCACCUCUGCCUAUCUUCUGGGGGGAAACUGCACACGUAUGAUGCAGACGAUGUCUCUUCACACGUUUGACCGGACAUACCCAGCAGACUUUCCUUCUCAACAGACCUUAUCACCUCUACUCUCGCGGGAAGCCCUUCGCCGCGUCGCAUGGUCUACGUUCUAUCUAGACUCAAUGACCGACGGCGGGCGUUAUGGCUCCCAGACGGUUGACGAACAUGCAUAUCGCAUCCAGCUCCCCUGCGACGAGGAGAGCUUUCUCGGUAAUGAUCGCGUCGUGACGGAGCCGCUGUUUCCUGGUCAAGUCCUCUCGAAUGUGACAGCUGACAACCUCCCCCACGCAUCUCUCGACAUGUCGGCCUACAUCCUACGCACCGCUGCGGCCCGUCGUCGGGCACUGCACUUUGCGUUUCGUGCAUCCUAUCAGGAGCAAAGUGUGGAAAGACUAUCAAGAGAUCUAUUAGCCCUCCAGGCCGAUACAGAAGAGGUCUUUGCAGCGUUGCCGCAGCGCUUCCACUUUAUCCCUGACAAUCUUCUACUCCAUCGCAAUCGGCUGACUACUUUUAUUCUACUGCACGUUUUGCGUCAAAAUCUCUUCAUCAUCCUCGGGCGGGCAGCUUUACAAAUCUACCUCCGGGACUCGACGAAGUCGGCCUUGGUGUCACAGGUCCGGCGCAACAGGAUCACGCGAGCACUUGCCGUCGCAGACGUGGUCUCUGAAGGGCUCAGGCACACAAUAUGCUUCGAUCCUCAUAUUGGAAUUCAGGCUUAUGUUGCACUUGAAAUUCUCCUCUUUGAACCCCGGCGCCUAGCGAGCGAGGACCCAUCUAUCGACCCAAAAGCAGCCGAGCUGGUGGAAGCGAUCACUCACCUCCUCACCAUCAUCAGAAGCAUCGCAAGGCGAUCAGAGUUCAUCAAGCACCUCCAAUCCAUCGAGUCGUGCGAUGCGACUGUACGGAUCUCCUGAAUAAUCAAGAUCUAGCUCUUAUUCGAAGUAAGCACCCUCUCAUCGGCCAGGACGUGGCAGAGUACAACUUCCUCGACUUCCGAGGAGCCAAGUUGGAACGCCUCGAAAAGCGCAGCAAGGUUUUCGGUUCAAGUGUUCCCAUAGAGGAAGCGCCGGAUGAAGUCCUCCUCGACGACUCUCCACCUCUGGCACUUGCAAGGCCCAACCAAGUGAAUCCCACCGAGGAAGCGCCGCCAUCAUCGAGUAGGAUCGAGCCCUCCGUCUCGCCAAAUCCGCCUGGCGAUCCGGGUAUCGAGGGCUAUGGUUCUAUGCAAGAUGGACAACCCUGGCGGGACUUGAUCGAGCCCGAGAAUGGCGAUCAUAUGUUUUCGUCGCUGAAUUGGCUGUGGCCGUUUGAGGAGUGGGAGGACCAAAUAGGCGACCCGUCCGGGUUUUCAGGACUCCUGUAGUAUAGUACAGUUAUUACGAGUUCGCGAGACAAGUUGCAGUAUCUGUAUAGUAUCUUGGUUGGGACUGAGUUAAGCGGCCAGGCUCCCAAAUGUGUGUCUAGCGAAAUAGGAAGGUGCGACCGACCGCCUAGAUGGAUUGCAUACGGCAGGUCGCCGGGCAACCAAGCUCCGGUCGCUCCUGCCCUGUAGAGGCCCUCGGAGGCCGAAAUCCCCAAUGGGAAGGAGCGAUGGUGAUCCCGUCUCGUUGGAAGGCCCCCCUUGGCGCGGCGGAGCGGUCGGCGGAGGCACGUGAAGAAUUCGUCCGAAAGCACCAAGUCGCGGCCGCGUCACCACGGAGCGCGAUUGCGCUAAAGGUCGAGUGUAAAUUAGUGGACUUAUCGAGGUAAAAAUGAGAGUGGGUGCAGAUAAAGCAAACAAACAAAGAAUUUGUGAAGAAAG